UCCGAGACGCAAUUGUCCAAAAUCACAGCGCAGAGGGAGGAGACGGGGAGAGACUGCAACUUCAAAAAGACGAAGAGCGCCGUCAAAGUUAAGGGCGGCGAUGGAAGAAGCAGACGGUCCGCCGCUGUCUUCAAGCAUAGGCAUGGAGAAGGAGAACUCAAAUACUGGAAUGUCUCAAAAAGAGUGCAUGCAGAGGAUCAGCAAGAGCCUCAAACAUCCAACGGUGAAGUUCUUGAGGGAGCACAUGGAGAAGGCCGGGUGCCCUUUUUGGGUUCGCCUCAUUUUGGCCGCCAAUUGCAAGACUCAGGCAUAUGCUGGUGGAUACGCUAGUGGAAAUGGGAUAUCGGUGUGUUGUAAUCACAUGACUUACCAAGAUGAGAUAAACCAAGUUCUAAUUCACGAGCUGGUACAUGCUUAUGAUGAUUGUCGUGCAAAGAACAUGGACUGGAAAAAUUGUGCUCAUCAUGCUUGCUCUGAGAUUAGAGCUAACCAUCUUAGUGGAGACUGCCAUUAUAAACGGGAGUUACUGCGAGGGUUCAUGAAAAUUCGGGGUCAUGAACAGGUGAGUGUAUUGUUUUUCUAUGUUGCAUCAUUUUACUUAAAUGCGUUAUGA